AUACGUUAUACAGCUGCGCAAUCUGGUAACUGUAAAACGCAUCCUAAAAUUUUUCCUUUUCAUUCGAAGGUUCAUACACGAAGGAGUGCUUAGACUAACUUUGUAAAAAAAUAAGAAAUGAACGAAACUUUGCAGCUUAAAGGUACCCUUUUGGGUCAUAAUGGUUGGGUAACACAAAUAGCAACCAAUCCUAAAUAUCCCGAUAUGAUUUUAUCGUCAUCAAGAGAUAAAACUUUAAUCGUAUGGAAAUUGACACGUGACGAUACACAAUAUGGCGUACCCCAAAAACGUUUGCAUGGUCACUCUCAUUUCAUUUCCGACGUUGUACUUUCUAGUGAUGGAAAUUACGCCCUUUCAGGUUCGUGGGACAAAACCCUCCGUUUAUGGGAUUUGGCAGCCGGAAAAACUACGAGGAGGUUCGAAGAUCACACCAAGGAUGUGUUGAGUGUUGCUUUUUCUGUUGAUAACCGUCAAAUAGUGUCGGGUUCGAGAGAUAAGACCAUUAAAUUAUGGAAUACGUUAGCAGAGUGCAAAUAUACGAUACAAGAUGACGGGCAUGCCGAUUGGGUGUCGUGCGUAAGGUUCUCCCCUAAUCACGCCAACCCCAUAAUAGUAUCCGCCGGUUGGGAUAGGGUAGUCAAAGUAUGGAAUUUGACUAAUUGUCGUUUGAAAAUCAACCAUUCCGGUCACACCGGUUACUUGAACACCGUAACCGUUUCACCUGAUGGUAGUUUAUGCGCCAGCGGUGGUAAAGAUUGCAAAGCCAUGUUAUGGGAUUUGAACGAUGGUAAACAUUUACAUACCCUCGACCAUAACGAUAUUAUAACCGCUUUGUGUUUCUCACCAAACAGAUAUUGGUUAUGUGCCGCGUUCGGACCUUCGAUUAAAAUUUGGGAUUUGGAGAGCAAAGAAAUGAUCGAGGAACUAAAACCGGAAGUCGUGUCGCAAAACGCCAAAGCCGAACCACCCCAAUGUUUAUCUUUGGCGUGGUCCACGGAUGGACAAACUUUAUUCGCUGGUUAUUCCGACAAUACCAUUAGAGUUUGGCAGGUGAGCAUAUCUGCUCAUUAAGAUGUUACCUUAAGGACAGUUUUUUUAUAUAUAAUAAAAAGGCUACGAGAGA